AUGUCAUUCCUCUCCGGUCUUUGCGGCUGCUUCGCUCGUGACCAUGCUUCCCCGCACUCAUCUCAACCCGAGAUGCAAAGUGCCAGACAUCACCAGAGACACACCCACGGCAUACAGACUGGUCACUUCACCCUCUCUGGUGAGGGGGACUUCAUCCGCGCCGCAGGUGCCAGCGAACAGGAUGGGGACAGACCCCCGGCUGACUCGGAUGGAGGCUAUGCCAGCGUGGUCCCACUUCCACAAUACACACCCCGCCCGAUGAGCAUCCACGAGAAAACGCUGGAGGGGAAUAUGCGAGAUCCUCCGAUUUCCUCGGACUCCAACAUCUACCCCGCAGACGAGAAGAAUCGCAACCUUUACGAUGAGGAUGUGAGUUCUGACAGCUCUUCUACUCUCUCGUAUCCCAGCAGCUAUGGUAACACCUCGACUGCGACCCGGGAAACUCCCCCGCCACCUUACUCGCCACGUCACUCGGCUAUGCUUUCGAGAUCGAGAUCCAUGUCUAUCUCGUCGGCUGUGGCUGUGACCAUAAACCCUCCGCCCAUGGCACGGGUGCAUGGUGGCCGGACGACGGCGCCUUCAUCUGAGGCGGAUGAUAUCUCUAUUCGUCGUCAUCGGAGGGUCUCUUGGGAAAGCCGUUGA